CCUGUGAAGUCAUCCCAAAAAGAGAGUUUGAGUUUAAUCCCAACAGAGAGCAUACAGAGCCAAUUUCUUUCUUCCUCUUCUUAACUGUUCAAUCUGUCCUGCAAGCUUGUUUAUUCAUAGAGAGAGAGAGUGGUAGCUGCAAUGGCGAUUCCAGUGAUCGAUUUCUCGAAGCUCAAUGGUGCCAAAAGGGCUCAGACUAUGGCUCAGGUUGCCAAUGUGUGUGAAGAAUGGGGUUUCUUUCAGCUGGUGAACCAUGGGAUACCAGAGGAGCUGCUGGAGAGGGUGAAGAAGGUGGCCUCCGAGUGCUAUAAGCUGGAGAGGGAAGAGAACUUCAAGAAGUCAACGCCUGUGAAGAUGUUGACCGAGCUAGUCGAGAAGAAGAAGAAGAAGAAGAAUGAGAGUGAGGAGGAGGAGAGGAUCGAGAACGUCGACUGGGAGGACGUCUUCACUCUCUUCGACCACACCGAAUGGGCCGUCAACACCCCCGGCUUCAAGGAAACCAUGGUGGAGUACCGCGCAGAGCUGAAGAAGUUGGCGGAAAAGGUCAUGGAAGUGAUGGAUGAGAACCUAGGCCUGCCUAAAGGCUUCAUCAAGAAGGCCUUCAACGGCUCCGGCGAGGCUUUCUUCGGCACCAAGGUGAGUCACUAUCCACCAUGCCCACACCCAGAGCUGGUGAACGGCCUGAGGGCCCACACUGAUGCCGGAGGCGUCAUCCUGUUGUUCCAGGACGACAAGGUCGGGGGCCUCCAGAUCCUCAAGGACGGGCAGUGGAUUGACGUCCAGCCCCUGCCCAACGCAAUCGUGGUCAACACCGGGGACCAGGUUGAGGUCCUCAGCAAUGGGAGGUACAAGAGCGUCUGGCACCGGGUCCAAGCCAACCCGAAUGGCAACAGAAGAUCCAUUGCCUCCUUCUACAACCCGUCCCUCAAGGCCACAAUUGCCCCAGCACCAGAGCUCAUGGAGAGGGCCGAACAGGAGAAAAAUCAUAACUCGAGCUCUUACCCCAAGUUCGUGUUUGGAGACUACAUGUCAGUGUAUACCAAGCAGAAGUUCCUUCCUAAGGAGCCAAGGUUCCAGUCCGUGAAAGCCGUGUGUAAGUGACAAAACUAAGAGAGCAAUGACAAGCGUACUAAGAGAUAAUUCGAUUCAAGCUAUCGAACUCCCUUACUACGUCGACCCAUCUCACUCACUUCACUUUAAGUUAAAGUCUCGUAAUCGAGAAGAAUCCUUUUCCUUUAUCCUGUCAAAUAUACCUACCAUGAAAUAGAAUGAAAUGGUGUAUUGUGUGUGCAAAUGUGCUUCAGAAUAUACAGCCCACUACCUUUAUUGCUGUC